AAUACUGCUUCCAAAAGAAAUAAUGUCAACAAACCAAAAAUAAUGGUACCUGAAAAAGCAUUGGAUACUGAUAAUGUUCCUAUUGGUCUAAUAAUUUCUUCAGAGAAUAAUGAUUUAUAUUCAUUAAAUAAUAAUAUGUUGCUAUCACCUAAAUUACACAAUCCAUUAAUUAAUAAUAAUAGUAUUAGCAUUAAAUCACCAUCAACUUCAACGCCUAGUAAUAUCAAGUUGAAAAAGGAGAAUGAUAUUUUGUCAAAGCCGACUAUUUUAAGCCCUUCAAUUACACCUUCUCCAUCUAUCACUGCUUCUAAGACUUAUACAGGUGGUAUAUUACAACCUAACAAUAGUCUAGACAAUAGUAAUAAUAAUAAUACGAUUAACUUAUCAGCAAAAUCCUCUUCAUCAAAUGACUUAUAUGCAGCCUUACGCAAUCUGUCAAUUGGAAAUAAUAAUACCACGACAGUUAAGAAUAAGGACUUGAUAUCCUUUGAAGGAACAUUUAAUAAGUCAAAAAAUACUGUUGCAUUGCUUCGUGAUUUGGACCCUUUAUUCAAUAAGCAAUCUAAUGAUAGUUAAUAAAUAUAUACCUGAUUUUUUUUUAUUAUUAUUAUGUAAAACAA